CACGUGUUGACUGGCUACAUGUAGCGUCUAUUAGCUACCCGUUAGCUUCAGAUCACCAACAAACCGCCGCGGAGCCGCAGGAAAACAGAGACAGCCAUGCCGAAAGCGAAGAAAGCAAGCAAGAGACACAGAUUCGACUACAACAAAGACCGGAAGAAGCUGAAAAAACAGUUUAUUAAGAAAUACAAGCCGAGGAUCGAACAUCCACAGAUCCGACAUGCUUGGGACGACAACAAGUCGACGGCCAGGAACCUGCAGGAGAUGGGUCUGGCCUUCGAUCCCAAUCGAGCUCUGCCGGUGAAGAAGCAGAGGCUCAUCGGUGAAGACGGAGAAUCCAAAGCUCCCGCCGGCGUCGUCACCAAACCCUACAUCCUCACCCAUCUUCAGGAGGAAGCGAGUCUCCCAGAGAAAGACACCAAGACUUUAUCCUCCGACCUGAUCGAGUUCGUCCAGCACAUGAUCCGAGAACACAAAGACGACUACAAGGCGAUGGCUAGAGAUGAGAAGAACUACUACCAGGACACGCCCAAACAGAUCAAGAGGAAAAUCAACGAGUACAAGCGCUGCCACUCGCAACAUUUCGAUGAAUUCAUGAACUCACUCGUCCCUCAGCCGAUGGUGGAAUAGAAAAGAACCAGAGGCUUCACAUUCAGACUGUUUGGACAAACCCAACGGUGACGGACGGUGGAGACGUCCAGGAGCCCUGUUGGGAUUUUUACUUUCAUUUUUACCAUUUUAUUGCAGGAAUUUUGUCCUGAAGUUGCCACCAGCUGUACUCUGUUCUCCAAGUCAAACACGACUGAAAUGUUGUUUAAAUGCAUCAUUUAAACUCCUUUAAUCUCAUCUAGGAGGCGUUUUUUUUGUCCCUGCAGGAUGGAAAAUAUCUCCAGAUUCCAGAUCAGUAAUAGGUCACGCUGUUGGACAGUUUAGGAGCCAAACAUCUGAGUUAAAUCACCAGAAGUCUCUGCUUUUCUUAUUGUUUUCUGCUGUUUUUAGUGAUGUGUGAAUGUCCUACCAAACCCUUCAUAAAUGUCUGGAUAUUUAUCAGCUCCUAUAUUUACUGCUUUCUUCUUUUGGCUCAGCUCCAACUCUGCACCAAGUUUCAUGGAAAUCAGAGUCUUAGUUUUUCUAUAAUCCUGCUGAGAGUCAAGCAAACAGCAGAGCAAACCAACAGAUCAGCAAACAAAACAGAACCUGGUCAACGACAAGCGCUGCAGAAUGAAGAAAAAUGAUAAAUCUGACUUACAGGUACAGAAAUCAGAAAUGACCUUCGAUAAAAGGAUUCCAAAGCUGCCAGAAAUUGUCUGAUUUAUGAUGAAAAAUCCACUUUUCAGCCAGAAACACUAGAUUUGCUCCCUGAAGUUUAGCAUUUGUGCCAAAAAAUGAAGGUAAAAUGAGGAAAACCUGAUAAAUAGUUCAGAUUGUAUAUGUUUUGGAUUCAUCAAUAAUCUGCUUUUCAGUGUUUCUGGACAUUAUCAGGAGGUUUUAUGUGUUUUGCCUCUAAGACAACGGUUUGAGUUGAUUUUCUAAAGGUGAAUUUGGUGUAAAAUACAAUAAAAUUCAUGCAAAGAAGCUGAA